UUGAGUUUUGUGGUGAUAUGUCCGUUCUCCCAAUAAUCGUAAAUGUAAAAUAUUUUAUUCAUAAGGUUUACCAUAACAUGAAUGAAUGCGAAAGUUAGUUUUAUAAAUUGUGUUCAAGUCAAGCGUGUGUGAUAAUUCUUUUUCGUAUAUAAACAUCAAUCCCUAUGUCUGCUAAAUAAAUUGGUUAAUAUACUUCUGUAGUAAAAUGAGAGACUUUUGUUUUAUUUGUGCUAUCUUAGUGUAAUUGUGUUCUGUUUAUCAUGACCUCAAGUUCGAGAUCGGCCAACGUCGGCCUAAAGCCGAUUGAGGUCUCCAAGGCAUUGCAAGAAGGAGAAAAAUUCAUCAAAUGGGAUGAGGACUCUGGAGCUGGUCUCCCAGUCACACUUCGGGUGGACCCCAAAGGCUUCUUUUUAUUCUGGACUGAUCAAAACUUAGAGGUGGAGAUGCUGGAUAUUGCCACUAUUAGGGAUGUGAGAACUGGAGUACAUGCUAAAGUUCCCAAAGACCCGAAGAUCAGACACGUGGUGCUGAUUGGGUCCCAAGGGUCCCUGGAGGAGAAGACUGUCACGGUGUGCCACGGCUCCGACUUCGUCAACGUCACGUUCGUCAAUUUCUGCUGCACAAGGAAGGAAAUAGCUCAGAUGUGGACCGAGGAGCUGUUCGCGCUCGCCAACAACCUGAACCAGCUGAACAACCCGACGAUCAAGUUCUUGGAGAAGAUGCACACGAAGAUUGUGCUGAAGGCGGAUAAGUCGGGAAAGAUAUUAGUCAAGAACAUCGUCCGCCUGUUCGCACAGAACAAGGAAGACAAGAAGCGAGUGGAGAAGGCCCUCAGCGAGUCUGGACUGCCCACGGGGAAGAACGACACGAUCAGCCAGUCCAAGUUCCUGUUCGAGGACUUCUUCGCUUUUUACAAGAACCUCACGCAGAGGACUGAAGUGCAGAAGAUAUUCAAUAAUCUCACGGGGGGCAAGCCGCACCUCUCAGCGGCCCAACUGGUCGACUUUCUGAACAACGUGCAACGCGACCCUCGUCUCAAUGAAAUACUCCACCCGUACGCGGACCUCCAGCGCGCCAAAGACCUCAUAAAGGCGUACGAACACAACAAGUAUCACCAACAGCGGUCGCAGCUCACUUUUGAUGGGUUUCUGAGAUUCCUUAUGUCCGAGGACAACCCAAUCGUGGCCGUCAACAAGCUAGACCUCUGCGACGACAUGGACCAGCCAUUAGCCCACUACUUCAUCAACAGCUCCCACAACACCUACCUCACCGGCCAUCAGAUCACCGGCAAGUCCAGCGUGGAGAUAUACAGGCAGAGUCUGCUAGCAGGCUGUAGAUGCGUGGAGUUGGAUUUCUGGAACGGCGGCCGUACCGACGAGCCUGUGAUCGUCCACGGAUAUACGUUUGUGCCAGAAAUAAGCGCCAAAGAGGUAUUAGAAGCAAUAGCAGAGAGCGCGUUCAAAACGUCCGAGUACCCGGUGGUACUCAGCUUCGAGAACCACUGCAACCCGCGCCAGCAGGCCAAGAUAGCCAACUAUUGCAGGGAGAUAUUCGGAGACAUGCUCCUCGACAAGCCGCUUGAUUCCCAUCCGCUUGAGCCAGGAGGGGAGCUGCCCCCGCCAUCUUCACUGAAGAACAAGAUCAUAAUAAAGAACAAGAAGAAGCACCACCACCACCACAACAAGAACGACUCGAAGCUGGACUCGAGUGAGGAGUUGGAGCCGCGGAGCGAGCUGCCGGUGCAGGGGAACGGGGACGUCGCCCAUGCCCCGUUGGUGCGCGAGAGCAGCAAAGUAUCAAUAUCGUCGUCGUCAGAGAGUUCCUCCGGGGAAGAAGAAGCGGCCGCCGAGGGGGGACCCGCCACUGGGGAGGACCCACGGGAGACCCACGCCGCCGCCGAGAUAUCCGCUCUGGUCAACUAUGUACAGCCCGUACAUUUCUCGUCUUUUGAGAGCGCUGAGAAAAAGAAUCGCUUCUACGAAAUGUCGUCGUUCGACGAGAAACAAGCGACAACGCUUCUUAAGGAGAGGCCCAUAGAGUUCGUGAACUACAACAAGCAUCAGCUGUCGCGGGUGUACCCGGCCGGGACAAGGUUCGACUCCUCCAACUUCAUGCCUCAGGUGUUCUGGAACGCGGGCUGCCAGCUGGUGGCUCUAAACUUCCAAACUCUGGACCUGGCGAUGCAGCUCAACCUGGGAGCCUUCGAGUACAACCGCCGCUGCGGGUACCUGCUCAAACCAGAGUUUAUGAGGAGGAAGGAUCGCCGUCUAGACCCGUUCGCCGAGAGUACAGUGGACGGCAUCAUAGCCGGUUCACUGUCGGUGACUGUACUCUCAGGACAACUGCUAACGGACAAGAGAUGUGGCACGUAUGUGGAAGUGGACAUGUUCGGUUUGCCAGCGGACACUGUACGGAAGAAGUUCCGGACGAGACAAGCGCCCAAUAAUGGAAUAAAUCCUGUUUAUGGAGAGGAGCCUUUCGUCUUUAAAAAGGUGGUGCUCCCGGAAUUGGCGAUGAUACGCAUAGCGGCGCACGAGGAGAGCGGCCGCCUGCUGGGACACCGCGUGUUGCCCGUCGUGGGGCUCUGUCCUGGCUACCGGCACGUCAAUCUGAGAACUGAGCUCGGGUUGCCAUUGCCUGCUAGCCUGCUGCUGUUGGUCGUGGUCAAGGAUUAUGUACCAGACACGUUGUCAGAACUAGCCGAAGCGUUAGCCAACCCGAUCAAAUACCAAAGCGAGCAGGAUAAGAGAGAACACCAACUUGCCGUUCUGACGGAAGGCACAGACGAGCCGCCGCCAGACGCCAAAGUUGACGCCAAGGUUGGCGCCAAUCCACCAGCCGCAUCUGACCAGCCAAGACUUUCUAUUGCGCCAUCUCUCAAAAUGUGCGAGUGCUCAGCGGAAGCCAGCCCCAACAAGAGCGUGCUGGACACCAUGAAGAUGAUAGAUAGUGAGGCUCCCAACUCUUCCAAUGAAAAGGAGGCACAAGAAUCUGACAGCAAAACCAACGGCGCUUCAGACGAAUCAAUGGCCGAAGCGUUAGAAGCGUUGCUAUCAAGCGAAGCCGUGCGCAAGAAGCGAAGCGAACUCGCUCGGAAGUUGGAUGCGUUGCGAAGGAAGUAUGACAAGGAGAAGAGAGGCGGAGGAACUUCUGCCAAAUUCUAUGUCAGCAACAAACUGGUCAAGAAAUUGUCGUCUACAAAAAUGCAAGUCCCCAGCGAGGGGGCGGAGGAGCGCGCCGCCGAGGAGCGCGCGGUGCGGCUGCGCUACCACCACGCCAUCUACCACCUGGCCGAGACCUCGCUGCGGGCCCAGCAGCAGCUGCAGAUGAAGAAUCUCACGGAUUUACUGGAAGUGGAAAAGAAAGAGAUCUUAAACAAACUGGCGAUCUCCCGAAAGGAGGACGUGAAGGCGUUAGCGAAAAAGACGAACAGGGAUAAGGACGAAAUACUUAGGAUAAAGCGAGAGAUACAUUCUCAGUCCGUGGAGCGCGGCGUGGCGGAGUGCUCGCGGCUGGAGCAGGCGCACGCGCGGCGCCGCGAGCAGCUGGCGCGCGCGCACGAGCUGCUGCGCCAGCUGCUGCUCAAGCACCAGGAGGAGGAAUUGUUAGAGUUGGAGCGGCUUUGCGGCGGCGCGCCUGAAGGCUAGAGGCCGACAUCGCCUCCCGGAGCUUCCCUUGUCGCGGACGAAUCUCUACGUCGAGCGUUAUUUUCUGUUAGAAAUCUGUGAUAUUAUCGCCUAAGGAGCCCCACGAUAGCGCACCGUCACAGGUAUGUCGAGAUGUGACGCCAUUGUCAGUGUUUCAAACGACAAAGAUGGCGUAGACUUUGUGUGUCGUCAAUCUCAGAGUGUUUCGAACGACGUAACAUAGAUGGCGUAAUUAAGACUUUAUGGCAGUGAUAGUCUAGUGUUUGUGACAUAAGAUAAGUCGGGAUAUGACGCCAUAGUCAAACUACGUAAGAUUAAUGGCGUAAGACUAAGAAAGUAAAGGUUUCUCACAUACCCGAUGAAAAGUGACACGGUCGCCUCGAAUCUCAAGCGCCGGGCAGUCUUCUCGCGUCGCCGUUAGAUGGCGACUCAGUUUUCGUUCACGUAAAGUUGAUCCCUACUGAAUGUGUGUCUUACCUUGAUGAUUUCAUGAUUGUUACAGUGUGUUGUCGUGCUAUGCUGUGGAUAUUUAUAAGUAAUAUCGUCUUCGUAUUACGUAAUUUUCGGGAUUAGACUCGUAUUGAUGCAUUUAAUUGUUAGUCAAUGGUGUGCAUUAAAUGAUUUCUGUCGAUGGAUGUACUAGUCAUCGCCGAGUCUAACGGCAUAUUAUGAAUGGUUGAACGCGGUGUGAAAUCUGCGGAAUCUUUUUAGUAUAGUCCGGUGACUCGUAUGAACACAAACUCUAUACAUAUCUAAAGCACAACCAACCAAUUUUCAGUGCAUUUCUUGGAAUGGUUCUUCCUUUGUAUUUUAAGGGUAGUUUUUAAAGAUUUUUUCCAAAGUCAAGAAAAAUAUGUCUUAUGAUGUUUAUUCCAAUAUUGUCUGGUUAGUGAUUCUCUUUAAUGCAGUAAUCGUUACUUAUAUUUGAAAAUUUUACAAUUGAUUUUCCGAAAUACUGCGGAUCAUUAUAAAUGCGCUAUAGAAAUGUGUAUCAUGUUAUUAUGUGUAUUUAAUGAGAAGCUUGAUUAAAUUUAUAUUUGUGUAGCUUGUUUUUGUUAAUUAAAAAUACUAACGUGUGUCGGUAACCAUAGGUUGUAGAGUAACAUUCCAUUCGAUGUAAUAGUUGGAUAAUAUUCUUGUAGGCUAAUCUUGCGUUAGGAUAUUAGUCGGAUAGACGUAGAAAGCACAGGGGCUACAGAAUCGGAACUUUUAUUUCAUCAAUAAAGUAGUUUAGGAGUAGCGAAGUAAUAUGUAACGUUUUAAAUUCAUACCUUGCUUGGAAGACUCCAGUAAGCAUAUAGUACUGCGUAGUAUUAAAUCAGGUUAUCCUCCGUAACUGCUAUAGUUGUCAUUUAGAGUAUAAAAUAUACGAGUGCGUUUAUCGUGCUGGUCAAAUGACCAGACGUAAAUACGUUUGAUAAUACCCUAUUAAUUAAUUUUAAGUAGACAGUGUGAAAUGACGCCAGUUUCUUAGCAAAAUAACAAUUUCGUUAGACACAAUGUAAAUAGAAAAAAUAACGCGUCACUAGCUUUUUUUUUUCGAUUUAUAUUUCUCUUCAAAAAUGUAAUUCAAUUUUUUGUUUGUAGUUACAAUUUUUUAAACAAUGUCGAGUUCGACAAUGUUUUAAAAAAUUUGGGUGAUCAUAAGUGGAGUGGCAUUUGAGCGUUUUAUUAUUUAUCUGCCUUUCUGGGCCUGUCGUUUUUAGCAUAUUUUUAAGUCUGUUAACCGUUUCUCUUUUAUUAAAUUGAUACAACACGAUGAUCGCACUAGUGUAUAAUAAAGAGCAAUAACUUUAUACUACCUCAGCUUACGGUAAGUAAUCUGAGGAGGCUUAACGUCCCGGCCGGUAUGAAGGGUUCUUCGAUCUGUUUUUCUUUACUAUCUUAUAGUCAAUACUUUCAUUUUUAAAGUCAUUUGACAGUACAUUAUUAUUAAUGACAAAACAAAUUAUACUAUAAAACUACUGUUUAACAUAUCUACGUAAUGUAUAACCAAAAACCUAUACAAUUCUUUGAUUUAUCACUGUAAAAGUAUACCACACACUCACUUAAGCAAUCGUCAGGCGGGAAAAAAUAUUUAGAAGUUUUUUUUUUCAUAUACCGCCGCCUUUUUAAUUACACCAGUUAAAACAGAUGGAGUGGCCACCUUUUCAUUCAGUUUUUUUUUAUCUCAAGAUUAUAUUUUAUGGUCCUUACAAAUGGCAAUGCAGCUUUAAGAGAUGAUGACAUUUCUUAAUGUGCAAUAAUCUUCAUACAUUUAAACAUAAAUUUAAUAUAAGGUCGGAGCCCUUCACACCAUUACUUUUCUACAUUCACUGCCAAAUAGCGUUAACACACUACAGUAGUUGCGUCCUUUAAUACUAUAGAUAUAUCCACGUAACAACAUCGAAUUAUUCUACCUCUACACUAUAACAAAACUUCAUUCAACAUGUACAAAAUUAAAAGUUAUCUCGUUGGAAAUGCUUCUUAUGUAGUACUUAUUUUCUGUAAUUUUGCCUGAAUGUUAAAUUGUUCUCAACUGAUUUGAAAGUAGUAAUUAUCAUAUAUCUGACUAAUGGCAACACUACAUUGGAUCUCAGGCGAAAGUGCUGACAUCUAGGUUUUAGAUCACAAAAAAAAUAGGCAGGUAUAAUGAAAUCCCUAAUUUAGUUGUAAUCUUAAAGUAUCGUUGCCACUUUAUUUAACCUAGUUAAAAAGCAUUCAGGCCAGAAUUGCCUUAAGUCGUUUACUACUUAUACUUGCACUUUUUUUAUAUAUUGCUUGAAGCAUGCUUUUGCGCAUUUAGCUUAUAUAAUUACUCAACUAUGCCAAACGUAAAGUAGUGGACAUGAAUUCAGAUGAUUGUAAAAUACCAAACACUACACCAAAUGCCAACAUUAUUUUCUACACAUAACCAAAAUUGAGAUAGUUAUAUCAAUCUAUCUAUAGCAUAAUGAAAAAAAAAAUUACAUAUUUAUCACGAACACUUUGAUAGUACAUCAAUUGGACUUGCCCGCCGUGGUGUAUUUUUUCUUACUCGCCCCAAACAUAAGAAUUACAAUAAUCUGAAUUCGUGGAAAUAAAUACUUAUAAGACCAAUUAAUAUUAGUUCAGCACUAGCACAAGUGGUAUUUUUUUUAAAAUAUGCUCGCUUUUAUCAUAUAUUUAUUGUUGUUUCUUAUAUUUCCAAUGUAAAGGUGUCGAAAUAAUUACUUCAUUUUUGAUUUUAUUUUUAUAUGCAUUUAUCACCCAUCAUCAACUUUAUUUAUAACUUUUUAGUUGUCUUGGCAUUUUUUAUCAACAGCAAUAACUAUUUGGAGUAUCCGUCUUAACGUUUGCAAUAAGUAAAACGUACAACUUAAUAUUUUAAGAAUUCGUCGAUUAUGUAAAUAUCUUUAAAAAACAUCUGUGUAGGUGUAUAAGUAUAAAACCUACCUCUCGGUGUAUAACUAUAAUUGAAGCUAAAUCUCGAAAAUUGUAGAGGUUAAGUAAAAUUACUUGUUGAACGGAAACACUUCGAACUUAUAUUCAACAAUGUGCAACAAUAUCUUAUGACUUGUUUACAUAAACUUAUGCUCUCUCCGACCGGUUGAUUAGAAAGGCUUAGUAAAUUCGUAUUAUAUGAUUUAUACAAAAAAGUUUAUUAUUAGGAAAAUUUAUGACAAUGUUCUAUUGGCUACUUAACAAAUGAACUUACUAUUUUAAGCUAUAUUAACAUAUGCGUUAAGGUCACCUUUUGAAUAAACAAAUUUUUCUGGUGCAAUAAUGCAUUUUUACCCGUAUUUUAUUAUUUAUAGUAUAAACUACUUAAACUGUUAACUGAGUCGCCUGUUGAUAAUUUUUCAAUAUUUAUUGAUUUAUAUUUUCUCGAUUCACUUUGAAAUUUUAGAUUAGAGUAACUGAUGGUUAUAUAGAAAUUUGGGCAUUAUAAAUCGUAUGAACAUUAUAAGUUACACAAAUCCAUAGCGUGUCGCCUUUUUAAUUUUUUCUUAAAACUAGCAAUCAUUAAAGUUUGAAUUGUUAAGUAAAUAUGUGUAGCAGAUUAUGUAUAGGCGAAGAUAAAAUAUAGAUGACACUGAUCUUAAUAGAAACUUCGGUUUUGUAGUUCAGUAUUCUUCUCCCAGUCUACCAAUUUUUUU